CUGAUUUCUCCACUGCUUCUCUUGCUACUCUUGCACUUCCAUUUUUCCUGUUCAGGGUUUCCACGGUCACGGAAAAGUCAGGGAAAAUUUUAGAUAUUGUCAAAGUCAGGGAAUUCUGUUUUCCGCUUUAUAGUUCAAAACUUCUCUUCAAGACUUGAAAUGCAUUUUCUUUGGAAACGAUUAAACGUAUGCUGCAAAGCAAGCAAAACAAGCAAAGCGAUCAGUUUGACACUCUACGCCUGACUUCACUGUAGUAGUAAUUUUGUGGUCAUUGGUUUUCGUUGUAUAUGAUUUCUUGCAAAUUCCUUCCUCUCUUGCCGCGAAAAGCGGAAAAAGGUUAAAUAUGAAGAGAAAAAUGUCGAUGGCCUGCAAAAAGAACCGUAAAGCGAAUGUAAACAUCGAUUGUUUCUCAUUAAUAAAAGGUCCGUGAAAACUGUUUAAAUUUCAGUGAAAAGUCAGGGAAUUUUUAACUUUCUGUUGAGUGGCAACCCCGCUGUUUCUGCACCUACACGCGGGCGUACUUCCAUACUGUUUCUGCUUCCAGACCUGCACUUACAUCUUUACAACUUCAGCUUCCAAACCUGAAUUUCAGUCUAUGUAGCUCUCUUCAGCAGCUGUACUUACAUAUUUACCUCUUCUGCUCCCAUAACUGAACUUCUAUCGUUGGUAAUACUACUUUUGUCCCAACACCUAUACGUGUUCUCUUCUGCGUUUUCUUCCACACCUACACGUCACCUCUACUGCCUCUGUGCCCACAGCCUCACCGCGCUUGCACGUUCAUCUUUACCACUCUGCUUUAAUUAGUACCUACACAUUCAUAUUUUUUAAAUCUGCACCAUCAUUGCGCUUUGUAUUAUACCUGCACUUGCAAAUUCAUUUAUCUCUUUUUCAUUUUCAUCUGCCCACGAGCUCCUACUUCCACAUCGACAUUCGUAUUUCCAUCCUUACGUCAGCGGCUUCGUUAAUGGUUUUAACCUUGACUCAUGUUACGAAAAUCUAUUUAAGAGGUAGUUCUCAAAAACGUUUCGGUCUUUUGUGCGUCAACAUCCCUCUUACUACAUGUAUAUUAGUCAAGGGCAGAACUAAGAAAGUAUAUUUUAAAGACAUCCUGUUGAGCAAAGUAUGGUCUAAAAUACGAAUUAAAAUAACUUUCGGAAUGUCAUUUAGAGUAAGGUUGCAAGAAUGAAAAUAAAUUGGUAAGGGCUUCCCAGGUUCCGCUCUAUACUAAAGUAAACACAUAUAGUCACUCCAUUAUCACAAAGCCUUGUUAAUGGACAAAUUGUAAUAGUUUGACCUUUUUGCCUGUCAUUUACAGGGACAAGAGCCCCGGGAAGCACAGACAUUCCGAAGGACAAAGAUGACAAAGCUGAAGGUAGUGGACUGUCUGCUGGUGCUAUUGCUGGCAUUGUUGUGGGGGCAAUUGGUUUCAUUGUUGUGAUGAAGCUAUGCGGC